AUGAAUUGGGCAAUUACCUGUGUUCUUCUUAUAGGCGCUGCAUCAGCAGCGCAGUUUCCUAUGAGGGAGAACCAAGUUGUAUUCCAUUUGUUUACAAGAGACAACCCAACGUCCAGUCAAGCUCUCCUUCCCUCCAUUCCAUCAAUAGCCACGUCGAGGUUCUUAAACAGUCGUAAAACUAUAAUCGCCCUUCAUAGUUUUGGAGAAAAUGUCCAGGGAAACUUUAUCGCUCACGUUGUUCCAGCUCACCUUGCCGCUGAAAACGUCAACUUCCUCGCAGUCGACUGGCGCUUUGGUUCCUUCGCGUAUUCAGCAGGAGUCGCGAAUGUGCCUCAGCUCGGAGAACUGGUUGCCAGAUUUGUUAACAUCCUGACUAAUGAUUUCGGAAACAACGUCAAUAUGAUCCGUAUUAUCGGUGUCGGCCUCGGUGCUCAUGCUGCUGGUGUCGCUGGAAGAAGGAUCGUCGGAAAUAUUCCCCAUAUCGUUGCUCUUGACCCACCACUCCUAGGUUGGACCCACAACCCCAACAAAUUGCUGAAAACUGACGCAAACUUAGUGGAAGUCCUACACACGACUGCUACUAACUACGGUUACGGCGACCCUCUUGGUCACGUCGACUUCUAUGCCAACGGUGGCCGGUCCCAGCCAAUGUGUGGAGACCUCGUCCUGACCUGUUCUCACAUCUAUUCAUACAUAUAUUAUGCUGAGUCAAUCAACGCGGAUGCUGAAGCUAAUGCUAAGAAAUUCGUUGGUACCAAGUGUGCCUCUUAUGAAGAAACUGCGUCACAAGCUUGCAACGGUACCCGUGAUGCUACAUUCGGUGGAAUUGCUGUCAAAUCUUCGGAAUCUGGAAUCUAUUCUUUCGCCACAAACGUUCGACAACCUUUUGCAAAAGGAUAA